UCGCCGCCGCCUGUCCUCAGUCCCCGCCGCCAAGACCUAUAUAUAAAGCCGCAUAGACAAAAAAAAAUCAUGUCUGUUAUUCCCUCGAUAUCAUUACCGUCCCUCCCCCUUCCCCAUGCGCACCUUACCUCUCCCCUUCUUCCCAUGUCUAUCCUGCGCCGCCUCCCCCUCCGCCGCCUAACUCGCCACCACCUUCGCAGCCGACGUUUCGCUACACUUGCCGCAGUCCGCCAAGACACUACCGUCUGGACUCCCACACCCAUUUCCUUAAUUGAGCCCGCGGCCGAGUCCCUCUUCCACAUCAGCAUCGACGUGUCAGAUUCUCCGGACCUCGUUUCGUCCCACACCCGCGCUGGGCAGUACCUCCAGCUCCGGGUCCCUGACGUAGAGAAGCCAUCCUUCCUUGCCAUUGCAUCUCCGCCUUCUCUGGCCACAGCGCGCGGCGCCUUUGAGUUUUUGGUAAAGAGCGUUUCCGGGUCAACAGCGGAGCUUUUAUGCGGAUUGAAGAAAGGGGAUGUGGUGGAGCUUAGUCAGGUGAUGGGGAACGGAUUUAAUACUGACAAGAUUGAUCCGCCUGAGGACUACCCGACGGUUUUGAUUUUCGCUACUGGAUCUGGAAUCAGUCCAAUCCGAUCUCUCAUUGAGUCAGGAUUUGGUGCUAACAAGAGAUCUGAUGUGAGGCUUUAUUAUGGAGCUAGAAAUCUUAAGAGAAUGGCUUAUCAGGAUAGGUUUAAAGAUUGGGAAGCUUCUGGUGUUAGAGUUGUGCCAGUUUUAUCACAGCCAGAUAAUAGUUGGUCUGGGGAAAGUGGCUACGUGCAGUCUGCUUUUGUCAAGGCCAACCAAAUUUAUAGCCCCAAGGGCACUGGUGCUGUGCUUUGUGGCCAAAAACAGAUGACUGAGGAAGUUACUUCAAUACUCGUAGCAGAUGGAGUCUCAAGUGAGAAGAUCCUUAAGAACUUCUGACCAACAAAACUCAAACAGGGUUCUUAUUGUUGUACUAGUAUUAUUGGGAAGAAAAAGUUGAUAAUUAUUCUUUUUCCACUGCUGAGAAUUGGCUAAUAAAAUCAAAUUUUGAGA